AUGGCCGUUUUGAGCGCGAGCUACUGCUUGUGGCGAAGACCGCCUUUAAUCUCGCCGCCGCAACCACCGCCGCCUCCAUCCCGACGAUACCGGCUUCGUGCCUGUACCGAUCGAUCGUCGCUAUCUCCUGUUCAACGAACCAUUUCGCACAUCGAGAACUCUGGCAUCAUCGCUUGCCUUCGCGCCAAUAGUCCGGAGCUGGCAUUUGAAGCUGCCUGCGCUGCGCUUGGAGCUGGCAUUACGGUCCUGGAAAUAGUCAGAUCCACCCCAGGCGUGUUUGAGGUUUUGCAUCAGCUGAUCAAAGAUCACCCGACGGCAACCCUUGGAGUUGGGACUAUUUUGAAUGCUGAGGAUGCUCAAAAUGCAAUAGUCGCUGGAGCCAAGUUCCUGAUGAGUCCUGCAAUGGUUAAGGACAUUUUGUCUGACUCACAAGAUUGUGGAGUCCUAUACAUUCCUGGAGUGAUGACCCCCACAGAAAUAUUAUCUGCAUAUGAUGCUGGUGCCAAGAUCGUGAAGGUCUACCCUGUUUCAACGUUAGGUGGAACUCACUACAUAUCAGCCCUUAAGAAGCCUUUUCCUCACAUUCGCAUGGUUGCUUCUCAAGGCAUUCCAAUAGAUUUAGCUGGAGAAUACAUUGCAAAAGGAGCAUCUGCAGUUGUCCUCUCAGAUGCCAUAUUCACUAAAGGAGCAAUGGCUCAAUGCAAUCUCAGUGAAAUAUCUAAAUUUGCUCACAUUGCAGCCUUGCAGGGCAGGCAAGCUGUUGAUCGGAGGAAAAGAUGCUAGGAAUAGGAAGUUGUUGAAGGGCUAUUUGCUUUUGCAUCACCUUCAGAGGUAUGGAGGACUUGAGGAAUGUUCAUAUGCCUGAUGGGCACUGAAAUUUCAGAGUCACUUGUUCCCGUACGAUCGAUCGAUGGUUGUCCCUGCGGAAGACUCGACUGGCAAUUGAAUGCUUUCCCAGUUGACCACUCUUUAAGAAACGCUUAGUCUCGGGCAAAUUCAAUUUGUGGUACUCUCGAUGCUUGAGUGAUCGUCCUUGCUGGAGCUCUGGGUUCAUCUCAUGAAGACGUUGUCUCCCCAAUGUGGAGGUGUACACAUUCAGUCUGUAGUUUAUACCAGAGUCACAGAAUCGGGCGUCAGAUCCCUGAUGAUAUCGACGACCGAGUAGUUAGCACUCGUUGGAGAACCCAUAGCUAGUCCUGAAUAACCUUUAUCCUUUCCUGAUUACUCCUUGUGUAUUAAUUGCUCUAUAUGGAUAUAAACGAAAUACUAUACGUGCAUAUAUGCGCGUUUACUUACGUACGUUACGGGGAAACCUGUAACUGAUGGUGUAAUCGAGCGACUUCAGUGUUUUCGGGUGCU